CAAGAACCCUAGCCGCGACGACACACCCAAAUACCCAAUUUCUUAUCUAGCUAUUUCACGUUUCCACCUCCGACGAUCGACGGCUGACGACUUUACGAGAUCCGUCGACCGUCGACCCGGCCCCCUCUAUCCAUGGCUGAUGACUCUAGUUGUGCAGCACCAUUAUCAACACCUUGUUCUUCUACACCUACGGUAGAAGAAUUUUUUGAACCUCUUGAUGAAGAUAUGCCAGACGAUGAUGAAUUGGAGGACAAUGCUGAAGAAGAAGCACCAGAUACCACCCCUACAGACACAGUAGACGAAAAUCUAACCCAAGGUACAAAGAGAGCAAGGAGGUCUGAGGUGUGGAAGGAUUUGGAGGAUCCAUUUGUCUUAAGAGGGUUAAGAAAAACUCGAUGUAAGUAUUGUAAAAAAAUUCUUAGCCUUCCAAAAUCUGGUUGCACCAGUCAUUUAAACCGUCAUCUGAAAACUUGUCCACAAAAAUUAUUGAAGCAACAAACUUUACUGAAUUUUUUGCCAUCUAAUAAAAGUGCGGGUCCACUUGACUCUGGGUUUGUUAGUGCUAUACAUAAUGGUAAGCUUGAUAUGCUUAUCAUGAGAGAAGGGGUUGCAAAUUGGAUUGUCAUGCAUGAGAAACCCUUUUCUGUUGUGGAAUAA